CUCCUCCUCCGCAUCGUCUUCGCAAAGGCAUUUCACCACACCGCUUGGACACAGACAUGUCAUUUCUUGCACGGCCGCACCCUCAGCCAGUAACGUGGGCAGCGUGGGUUACGGCGAAGACGGCUGCCCGCCUUUGCUCGAAUUAGAGCCUGCAGCUCUCCCAGGGAGGGUUUCGACGACUUGCGACGACCCAUCAUGCUCGGCCCAGCGUUUGCUCUGGCUGUUCCUCUCCUAGGUUCUCUAGCGUCGGCUGCAUCGACAGGCGUGGCAGCAGAGUCGCUGAACGCCCUGACGAGGCACUGUCAGUUCACUCUAGGCAAUCGGCGCUUCGAUUUGUGUCCGGUGUUCGAAGGAAAUGACGGAGGCUGGACCGUUGGGUUUGAGCGGUCGACACCGCCCACAGUGACGAAAGCCGAGUACAGGAUCUCCUUCGCAGGUCCACUGAAGACGACGAAGUGGACGCCCCAUGAUGAACAGUGUCCUGACGGGACAUGGGUCUGCAAAAUCAUUUCAAACGUCCGGCCAAAACGCGAAGGGGAGAGUCCUCGAGUCUUGCAAGUGAUCCCAGUUGCCGGUGACAUCUCUGGCUCUCUUCCUAAGAAGGACGAUGGAGGCGAUGGCUUUGCUGGCGAAGAAUAUCAGCCAGGCUUGAAUGUCACUGCGAAGCUUGUGCCUGCGGAUGAGAACACGCGACACGACAUUCUGCACAUCCAUCUUCACGGCGGGUACUACGUCUACAAACAACAGAAGGCAGACUUUCAGUUCAUCUGUGACCACCAGGCAGAAGAGCCUACGAAACCUAGCAUCUACUGGAACUGGAACGGUACCCAUACGUUCGAGUGGCGAACCAAGCACGCAUGCGGCCAAGCGAUGACCGCACCUGACGACGACUCCCCUCCACCGACCCCGCCAAAGCACAACCCCGGUUCUGACGAGCCGCCCAAGGAUUCGGAGGACGACGAUGUCCCCGGCGACAAGAAGAUACUCGACCCCGACUUCCUUUACGGGCAGACUCGGCGGUCAAUCAUGACCAUCUUCGCCUCAUCCGCCCUCGUUGUCAUCGUUGUCACGUACCUGGUGCAGCGCCCACCUGCGAGGCUGCGCAGGUUCGCCCUGUCGUACAUGAAGACCCACCCGUGGCUGAUGCACUCGCGCGUCGGCGAGCGGAUGCUGAUGCGAUGGGCGCGCGAGGACCUCAUCUUCGAUGCCGGGGAGGAGGACGUCAUGAUCAACGGCCCGACCAACGUGCGCAGCGCGGUGGGUCUGGACGAAGGUAUCCCUCUCAAGCCGUCGCCGCGUCGACCGAACAACUACGGCAGUGCGUAGAGCGCGCAACGAGGCUUGACAUUCUUGACCACUUAUGUUCACGACCCCUGCAUGGCUGUUACGCCGGUGUUCCUCUCUUGUAGACUGUUAUUCCACUAGCCGCUGUAGAUUAGUAUGCUGUACGACCUGAUUGUAGUGCUAGUUGCCGUUUGUGGCCUGUCGGAGGAUGAUGCCCUGUACAUUCCGGUGGAGAUCUGCCAUAACGACAGCAAACGUCGACGUCCAGAGGCGCGAUGUGCGUUGUGAGUGGCGUCCAUCUCCACCAAGCAUAUGCCAAGUCUAGCGUC